CAGGCUGGUAACACCAGCAUCAGCUCAGCCUCCCUCAUCUACGUAGUCAACAUGCUGCGAUGCAUCCACAGCUGUGCACGUCACUCUGCAGGAACAGCUGUGUAACAGUGAAAUAUGAGGAUGUUCACGGCGUGCAGGAGCUCGGUUUGCUUUAAGAUGGUCUGGUGAGUUUACGGCAGCAGUGAUGGCGGGGUCAGGGAUGUGUCUGCCUCUGGUUCUGGUUCUGGUCCUGUCUGCGCUGCUGGCUGGAUCUACCCAUGCCGGGCCUGAGAUGGACCCGUACAAGAUCCUGGGGGUUUCCAGCCGCGCCAGCCAGGCGGAGAUCAAGAAGGUCUACAAGCGUCUCGCAAAGGAAUGGCAUCCUGAUAAAAACAAAGAUCCAGGGGCUGAGGACAUGUUCAUCAAGAUCACCAAAUCCUACGAGAUCCUGUCCAACGAGGACAAGCGUACGAGUUACGACCGCUACGGGCAGACUGAUGACACCCAGCCGUACGGCGGCGGUCGCUAUGGCCAUCGCCACGACAACUUCUACUUCGACGAGUCCUUCUUCAGCUUCCCCUUCAACAGCAAGAAUACCAGAGACUUUGCCGACGGCAAGUACGCCCUCCACUUCAAUCAGUACGUGGGCGAGGUGGUGCCCGACAGCUACAGGAGGCCGUACCUGAUCAAGAUCACGUCGGACUGGUGCUUCACCUGCAUCCACAUCGAGCCUGUGUGGAAGGAGGUGGUGCAGGAGAUGGAGAGUCUAGGUGUUGGAAUAGGUGUGGUGGACGUCGGCGAUGAAAGACGCUUAGCCAAUCAUCUCGGUGCUCACCGCACUCCAUCCAUACUGGGAGUCAUCAGUGGGAAAGUGACGUUUUUCCAUUAUGCCGUAGCAAAGGAACACCUGAGGCAAUUUGUAGAAGAUCUUCUUCCUCAAAGGCUUGUGGAGCAGGUUAAUGACAAGAACGACCAGCAGUUCUUGAACAGCUGGUAUGAGCUCAACAAACCACACGUGCUUCUGUUUGACCAAGUACCCGUCGUUCCUCUAGUGUACAAACUGACAGCUUUUGCUUAUAAGGACCACUUGCAGUUUGGCUACGUGGAUCAGGGUCUCUCAGAAACCGCCAACCUACAGAAACGAUUUAAUAUCAACACUUACGCUCCCACUAUGCUGGUCUUCAAAGAGAACGUGGACAAGCCUGCCGAUAUCAUUCAGGCUAAAGAAAUGAAAAAGCAGAUAAUUGACGAGUUCAUCUCAAACAACAAGUUUCUCCUGGCACCACGGCUGGUCAAUCAGAAACUCUUCGACGAGCUCUGUCCUGUCAAACAGUUUCACAGACGCAGGAAAUACUGCGUCCUGCUGAUCACAGGCGACGAAGAGGCCUUUUCAUUUGGAAACCAGGCGUUCCUCUCUUUCGCAUCUACCAACGCGAAGGAAGUCGUGAGGUUUGCCUACGUCUACCAACGGCUACAGCAGCCGCUCUGCGACACCCUGAUGCAGAGCAAGGACAGUUCACAGUCACCGCCGCAGGUGCUGAUCCUGGAGCGGCGUAACGCUGCCGGGAAGGCCUUGUUCAAGCCGGUUACCGCCUGGAACGGCAGCGAGGAAGACAAGCAGACACUCCUGGAGGAGCUGGAGCGACUUCAACAGGACCCGUCCAUCCUCAUCCAUGACGCCAUGCUGCCCGAGCUCAACAACGAAUUUGCUUCCAUGUUUGUGAUCCGGUGGGUCUACGCGUCCUACGACUACCUUUCUGAAGUCAUCGAUGAUAUUCUGCACAACAACUGGCGGGAGAUGAUGCCUCUUCUGUCCCUCAUCUUCUCGGCCUUGUUCAUCUUAUUUGGAACUGUGGUCGUCCAGGCCUUCAGCGACUCAAGCGAAGAUAAGCCGACGAAGCCGAAGACAAAAGAUGGAGCUAAAGCAGAGAAUGGGUCAUCGGGAGCCGGUGGGACCUCGAGCCGUCAUCCUAAAAAGAACUUUGUGGAAGUGACGGAGCUGACGGAUAUCACCUACAUGAGCAACUUGGUGAAACUGAGGCCAGGACACAUGAACAUAGUGUUGGUGCUCGCUGAUGCUUCCAAGAACAUCCUGCUCAGCAAGUUUGCCAAAGAGGUCUAUUCCUUCACAGGGAGCCUGACGCUGCAUUUCUCCUUCCUGAACCUGGACAAGCACAGCGAGUGGAUGAACAAACUGCUGGAAUACGCGCAGGACGCCGUGCAGAUCGACGCAGACGAGGAUGAAGGGGGAAACCAUAAAGUGGACUACACUGGCUACGUCCUGGCGCUCAACGGCCACAAGAAGUACCUGUGUCUGUUCAAGCCCGUCUACACCGGGGAAGACGUGGACGGCAAGUCGUCGGAGGAUGAAGGAGGAGCGUCCGGGGGGAGGCACAGGUCCAGUUCCCGUGACGAUCACGCACCGCGCAAGUCCAGUCGCUCCCGCGCCAUAUCCACCCUCCAAAUCCACCACAAACUGGACCGGCUGGGGCUGUGGAUGGAAAGACUCAUGGAAGGCACUUUGCCGCGUUACUACGUCCCCGCUUGGCCAGGACUCAACAAGACCCCCCCCACUAAAUAAAUCAGGGCAGACGAGCUUAGUCUUUAGCUCACGUCACCCACAAAUGGUUGCGUUUAUCAUGACACUUGGCUUCAAACUUCCUUUUCUGAUACAGAUUUCUGUCGAGAGGGGCCAAUUUUACCAGUUUUGUCAUGUUUUACUGAGGCAAAUGCUGCUACCACAGCCUUGUUUGAAAAACAAACAAACAAAACACAAUCACUGUGGACGCCUCUACUUCUGUUUUCAAACUCGCACACAUUCGGUCACAAUAAAACAGGCACAACAGCUCCGGAGGUGAUUUUUGACUCAUCUGAGCUCCUUUUAAAGAGUCGUUUUCUGGUGUGGCACAGAGUUGCUCACAUCCAGAAAGCUGAGGGCUAGUUUUUCACUUUUGUGCAGUUUCGUCUAACCGCGUAGUGAAGUGGAUGUAAGUGACAGAUUGUCACAUUCAGAGAAUUACACAAAUGUACCGUGAGGGUAUUUAAAGCUAGCCAACCAUUCAACGAGCAGUUUAGGCGUUGUAUAAAACCUUCCUCGAUGAAUACUGUGAAUAGAGAUGCAUGAAACUACUAUAUAACGUCUUCGCCUUUUUGUGCAUCUCUGCUAAGGUUUUUUUUUUCUUUUUCUUUCUUUUUUUAUUUAUUUUUGUUACUUUUUGUCAAAUAUCUUCUCUUAAAUGCUGAUUCCUUUGUGCAAUACAGAAAUACUGCUGUCAUGCCGAUGCCUUUUCUCCGGGACCUCGAGGCAUACGCCAUGUUCUUCCUCCAUCAAGUGGUUGCAGGACAAACAGUGUUCAGAUUGUGUUUUAAAGUGUCUGCCGCAAAAAGCAACUCGUUUUAUUUGCUGAACAACCUCAGUAGCUUUAUGUAGCAAGAGCAAGCUGCCUAAAUUAUGUUCUGGGCAUCUUCGAAGAGCCUGUGACUCACUUACACACCGUCUGAUAUCGACACUCGUAAAUUGAACUUAGCGUAUGCUUGCCUGGUUUAUUAUUUCGUUUCGUUCACAUGAAGUUUAACAGAUGCUAUUAAAAUCAAUUUGUUGGUAUUAAAUGAUGUAAAUAUUGCGCAUUAUCAUAUUAUUUAUUGAAUAUUUCAAAGCUAAGGUGGAUGUUUGAUCAUAAGUAGUGUGGCUGUAGAUUUUUGUGCAACAUUGAUUUGUGCUACCUUAACACAUUUCAUCUGCUCUUCGAUGCCUCUGCCCUUUUGUUGCUUGUGGUACAAUGCAUUUUAUGUAUAUUAAUAUAAAGAACUGUAAACUCUGUUUAUUUGCACAGUAGUUGACUCAGAGGGGCUUGGCAACCUGGUCAUUUGAUAUUUCAUUAGAAAAAUAACCACAGUAUGUCAACUAUAUCACAGUCUUGUCAAAAGUUAUGCUGCCGAUGAUUCCCCUCAGUUUUUGUGCUUCCAUGACUACGAGUAAAUAUUAUAUUGUU